CUAUGCAUAAUUUUUGGAAAUUUAUACAGCAGCCAGACGGUCCACUCAGCCUUCACUUCCGUGUUGGGCACGCGGUGAAGCACGUGAUCCUUUUAUGCGCUCUGAUCGGUUACUUCCGACUUGGAUGAUGAAGGUCAAACCUUAAUCUCGAAUAGUUAUAAUCCAAGCCAUAUGGACAUCGGAAACUAGACGGGCGAUAGUAGUGCUCUGUUGUUUAGUAACAGGCGGGGAGAAAAAUCUAGCAAAAUAAACGUGGCUGUCCUGAACUGGAUUCAUCGUCCCGUUCCAUCGAAUGCAUGUCCAAUUGUACAGUUAAUGUGUUUAGUCUUGCCAGGAGAUCAAAUAAUCAAAAGACGAACUGUUAGUGGUGAUUCAGGAUGGCAGAAGCUCAUCAGGCUGUGGCCUUUCAGUUCACUGUCGGCCCUGAUGGUAUUGACCUCCAGCUCAGUCAUGAGGCUCUUCGGCAGGUCUACCUCUCCGGACUUCACUCCUGGAAGAAGAAAUUUGUACGCUUUAAGAAUGGGAUUUUGAAUGGGGUUUACCCAGGAAGCGCACCAGGGUUCGUGCUGGUGUUGGCGGGGUACUUGGGAAGAGCACAUUAUUUAAAAGUGGACCCUUCCUUGGGCCUGUUCGUCAAACUUGGCAAACUUGUCCCAGUCAGUAGCUACAUGUCUACACAUAAGCAGAUGUUAGUUGGAGGUGUCAUGGUGGGCACUGGUCUGUGGAUUGCCAUCAUAUACAGCAUGAGGACUGUCCUGAAGGGUCUGCUGUCUUGGCAUGGCUGGAUGUUUGCUCCCCGUGGCAAAAUUACCUGUCAAAUUCGACUAUGGCUGGUCCUAGUGAAGAUUUUUUCUGGCAUGCAGACACCAAUGCUCUACAGCUUCCAGAACUCUCUCCCUAAUUUACCUGUGCCAUCUGUGAAGGAGACCAUGAGAAGAUAUCUUGAUUCAAUCCGGCCACUGCUGAGCGAUGAGGAACACCAAAGAAUGCAGAGCCUUGCACUUGAUUUUGAGAAGAACCUUGGACCAAGACUUCAGUGGUACCUCAAGCUGAAGUCUUGGUGGGCCACCAAUUAUGUCAGUGACUGGUGGGAAGAAUAUAUCUAUUUGAGAGGUCGUGGGCCAAUCAUGGUUAACAGCAACUAUUAUGUAAUGGACUUUCUUUACGCCUUUCCUACACAUCUGCAAGCAGCAAGAGCCGGCAACAUCAUUCAUGCUAUCAUGCUUUACAGGAUGAACCUGGACCGGGCUCAAAUGAAACCGUUAAUGCUUCAAAACACCAUCCCUAUGUGCUCGUCCCAGUAUGAGUGCAUGUUCAACACCAGUCGCAUCCCAGGCAUAGAAACAGACACACUUCAGCACAUGUCUGACAGCAGGCAUAUUGUGGUGUAUCACCGAGGCCGUUACUUUAAAGUGGGGAUGUUUUAUGAUGGGCGGUUACUUUUGCCACGGGAGAUCGAGCAGCAGCUGGAGAAGAUACUGGCUGACACGUCAGAGCCACAGCCCGGAGAGGAAACCCUCGCUGCCCUCACCGCAGGGGACAGAGUGCCUUGGGCCUGUGCCCGUAAUGCCUACCUCAGACAUGGCAAGAACAAGAAGUCUCUGGAUGCUGUGGAGAAGGCCGCUUUCUUUGUUACACUAGAUGACACAGAGCAGCGCUAUGACCAAGCAAACCCUGUGGAGUCCCUGGACCGUUACGCUAAAUCGCUGCUCCAUGGGAAGUGUUAUGACAGGUGGUUUGAUAAGUCCAUAAACUUAAUUGUCUUCAAGAAUGGAACGGUUGGCCUUAAUGCAGAACACAGCUGGGCUGAUGCUCCUGUUGUUGGCCACCUCUGGGAGCAAGUGCUCUCGAUGGACCCUGUUAAGUUGGGCUACACCGCAGAUGGCCACUGUAAAGGAGAACCUCACCAUAAUCUUCCUGGACCUCAAAGACUCCAGUGGAAUAUCCCAACUGAGUGCCAAACUAUGAUUGCCAACUCUUUGUCUGUGGCCAUGGCUUUGGCUGAUGAUGUGGACUCUCACAUCAUCCCCUUUAGUGACUUUGGGAAAGGCUUGAUCAAGAAGUGCAAGAUCAGUCCUGAUGCCUUCAUCCAGCUAGCAUUGCAGCUGGCCCAUUAUAGGGACAAAGGAAAGUUUUGCCUGACGUAUGAGGCGUCCAUGACACGUUUAUUCAGAGAAGGCCGUACAGAAACUGUGCGCUCCUGCACCAUGGAAUCCUGUGCUUUUGUCCGUGCCAUGAUCAACAACAAAACGACAGAAGAGAAACUUCGUUUACUAACCCAGGCGGCUGAGAAACACCAGCAGAUGUAUAGGCUGGCAAUGACUGGUCAGGGCAUUGACCGCCAUCUCUUUUGCCUCUACGUAGUGUCUAAGUACCUUGGACAGGACUCCCCAUUCCUCAAGGAGGUGUUGUCAGAGCCGUGGAAACUCUCCACUAGUCAGACUCCUUUGCAGCAGGGGGAGCUGUUUGAUCUGGUGAAUCACCCAGAGUAUGUGACCAGUGGAGGAGGAUUUGGACCGGUUGCAGAUGACGGUUAUGGUGUGGCCUAUGUGAUUAUCGGUGAAAAACUCAUCAAUUUCCACAUCUCUUCCAAGCAUUCUAGUCCAGAAACGGACUCUCAUCGCUUUGGAAACAAUAUCAGACAAGCAAUGCUUGCUAUGCUGGAUCUGUUUCAGCUUGACAAGAAGGACCUAAAGUGAUUUGACUGGUGAAAGGAUUGUGCUUUUAAUGACUCGUGUCACCUCAAUUGUAUAUCAGCAGCGUUGAGAGAAUCUCAUUCUGUUGUUAUUUGUGCUGGUGCCUUAACACAUGUCUCAACUGCAUUACCAAGACUAUUUUCACUUUCAGCUUUCAGUAUAUUUUACUGAGAUGUACAGUUUCAUAUAUAUUUCAAUAGAUGACAUUCUCUUGAUAAGAUAUCAAGGAGCAUAAUAUUCACUUGGCUGAAGUGUUGAGUCGCAAAUCAAGCGAUACUCGGCUCUCCAUUUGUGCUUUAAGUUUGCAGUCUGAUAUUUGCAGUUUUUCAAAUUAAGAGUUAACUUAUGAAGGAAAUGAGGUUAUGCGGAUUGAUAAGUUUCUGAAUACCCCAAGUGUGCAGUCUUUUAUUAUGUAUUUUGCACACAUUUUGCUCUCCACCUGAUUGAAUGGGUUGCUAUCGUGUCGAUUCAGCGUUGAAAGGUCACUAGGUUUUAAUGCGGGAUGUGUUAACGCUUAUCAUAUGCCUUAUCACAUUAAUUGUACAUUUUAUUUUUAUUUGAAUUCAUUUAAUUUCCUUCCAUCAUAUUUUAGGUUUUGAUUUGACUGUAAUCAUUUUGGAAAUCAUUGUCAAAAAAUGAUUCAAGUUCUGGGAAAAAUUGAAUAUAUUCUGAACUCCGUUAUUUAUUUUGUAUGCAUAAUAAUGUGUUAAUGAGUAAAUAAUGAGUGUUCUCUUAAAGUACAUGUAUACAUUUAUUUGGAAAUUCAGAAGAAGCAUUAAACAUACCAUAAACAUAUUAAUAA